UCAUUGACCUUUGCCCACGCUCGCUCCAUUACUCGGAGUCACGACGUUAUCCGUUCUAAUCUCGCCGUCAUGAUCAUCUACAAGGAUCGACUUACGGGGGACGAAAUCUUCAGCGAUUCGUACAAACAGAAAGUCGUGGACGAUCUGUACUACGAGGUGGAAGGCAAGCUUACCACAGAAACUAGUAAUGUGGAUGACGCUGCGAUUGGAGCGAAUCCGUCGGCAGAAGAAGAAGUCGAGGCGUCGGCAGCCAGCAGUGUGUCAGGGGUCAACAUUGUUCUUGCUCAUCGGCUAAAGGAGACUUCUUUUAGUAAGAAAGAUUACCAAACGCACAUCAAAGCUUUCAUGAAGAAGCUAGUAGAGAAACUUGACCCAGAGAGAGCAGCUUGCGUUAAGAGUAAAAUGCCCGAAGUUAUAAAGAAGAUCAUGGGAAGAUUUAAGGAAUAUGAGUUCUUCACUGGUGAGUCGAUGGAUCCUGAAGGGUUAGUUGUACUCCUUGACUACCGUGAAGAUGGAAGAACACCAUUCCUCAUUGUUUUCAAGGAUGCAGUUGUGGAAGAGAAAUUUUGAGAAGACUGGGAUGACUGUCUUGACAGUUUGUUAGUUGACUUUGGUAUUGUUACUUUGAGUGUAAUAAGAGAUAAUGGUUUUAUGAGAACAGAA